GCGAGGCUGCGCGGCGCGGGCACGGCGCGGGCACGAGGCGAGUGGUGCAGCGGGCGGCGAGAGGAGGCGGCGGCGAUGGUGGGCGCGCUGCUGUGCUACGUGUUGGCGCCGCUCGCACAGCUCAUCCGCCGGAUCACAGGUCCUUCCAUCGAUGAAGAGGAUGACGCAGCAGAGAGAUGUUCGGAGAGUUUGCGUGUGGAAACUGAUGCCAGACCUGUUGCAUGGGUACCACUUGGCAAAGACCAAACUGCCCUUCUCCAGGAGUGGCUGCACGGUGGGCCGGGAGGGGAGUCGGUAGAGGAGAGGGGAGCCAACGUUGACGCUGAGAUUCCUCCCCGGGAGGCGGAAGAGGCAGCCAUGACGUGGCAGCAGGCCGGGGACCAACAGCCGGCCGCUGCCGGAUGGGGCGACGUCGAGGAGCCGAGCGUAUCGGCAUGGCACCUCUCUGCGCCAGCCUGGACGCCAUCUUCCCAGGGCGCCAAGGAAGGGACGCCGCCACCGGUGUGGUUGCCGGCUGCCGCCCAGGAAGCACCUAGCGGUUGGCAGCCUCCAUCUCACCAGCAGCAUCACCAGAAUGCCAGCGCCAUCGAUUGGCAGUUCAUGUCGCCGCAUGGCACGCCUCAGCCAGUGGGCGGCACCAUGUGGCACGUGCCCGGGGCCUUGGGAAUGAACGAGGCACCACCUAAUAUGCUCUGGCAGUUCCAGAAUGAAGGCAACAUCACCACAAACUCAGGCCAGCUCACCCGGACGUGGGAGAACACAACACAGCGGCAGGGGGAAGAUGCCGGCGAAGGCAGCCCGUUCGAAUUCACCGUCAUGUCGUACAACAUCCUGUCGCAGGACCUCCUGGAGACCAACUGCGACCUGUACUCCCAUUGCCAGCCCGAGUUCCUGAAAUGGGAAUUCCGAUUCCAGAAUAUCAUGCAGGAGUUUGAUACCUGGGAUCCUGACAUUAUGUGCCUGCAGGAAGUUCAGGAAAACCAUUACCAUCAGCAGUUUCAACCAGCUCUCCAGCUGAGGGGUUACGAGUGCAUUUACAAGCGGCGCACUGGUAUUAAGACGGACGGGUGUGCGGUGUGUUUUAAACGGGACCGCUUCAGCCUGGUGUCCCAGCACCCGGUGGAAUACUUCCGGCCCAUUGUGGAGACGUUGAACAGGGACAACGUGGCCCUCCUGGCCGUGCUCCGGCCCGCGCCACCGCAGACACCGGACAGCGGCCAGGACCACCCCACGCUGCCUGACAUCCUGGUAGCCAACACCCACCUCAUCUUCAACCCACGGCGCGGCGACAUCAAGCUGACCCAGCUGGCCGUGCUGCUUGCUGAGAUCCAGCAGUUGCUGCAGGCAGCCGGUGGUGACGCCAAACCCUGCCCCGUCAUCCUCUGUGGAGAUCUCAACUCUGUCCCUGAGUCUCCACUUUACAAACUCAUCCGGAACGGGGAGCUGUACUACUACGGCAUGCCAACCUGGAAGGUUUCCUGUCAGGAGGACAGUUCCCACCAGGUGUGUCCGAGGAAACUCUACGGCCCCUUGUGGCCGAGCCUGCUCAGGAUAACGGACAGCUGCCAGUACGUGGGCGUCUGUGAGAAGAAGACCCCAGGCUUACUGAGAUACGGCCGUGAGUUUCUCCUCCAGUUGCGAUACUCCGCGCCAGCUCUCCAGCGGCCAGAGCAUCUCGAGCUCAUUGCCGGCGUGACGGAUUCAAUACCAGAGCCUCCCGGAGAUGGGUCAGAGCGCUACGUCAGUGUGCCUGAACCAGAGGACGAGCUCUUCUGUAAACGGUCACCCACCACCAUCCGCCACAACCUCCACCUAACCUCCGUCUACAGUCACUACCAGCCCGACACCGGGAGGCCAGAGGUCACCACCUGCUCCUCCGGCUACGGACUCACCGUCGAUUACAUCUUCUACUCAGCUCAGCCGCUCCCCGACAAGAGUGGCAAAGGUCGCCGGCGAUACCAGGACGGGGCGUUGAAGCUGCUGGGACGACUGCCCCUGCUCUCCGAGCACGACGUCUGGAUGGCCAACGGUUUGCCCAACGCCCUCUGCUCCUCCGACCACCUGUCCCUCCUGGCCCGGUUCGGCCUGCAGCCCUGCGGUUGAUUUAUUGGGCAGAGAGCAGCAGCUGGAACUGGCAACUGGGGAGUGGGUGCUUUAUUGCCCAGCUUAUUGUGGACAGUGAGGGACAGACACCCUUUGGGGGGGGGGAUGGUUAGAAUGAGGCUCCUCCUACAGGGAACAUAUUUGCCAUUUUAUAGUCUGUAUUAGGCUAUUUUUAAUCCUUUUGCUUUCUUUUUGUAGUGGUCUGGAUUAUCGAGUGCGUUGCUUUGAGCUGAUGUGAUUGCCAAAGGCACGUGUUGGUGGGAUCUUGGCCAAUAGACAGUAGGUGCAAGAGUAGGGCCAUUCAAGCCAACACCGUCAUUCAAUGUGAUCAUGGCUGCUCAUUAUCACCGAUCGUGAUCAGCCAUGAUAAUUAUCACCGAGAGCUUGCAGAAUGUAAAUGUUUAUCGAUUGAGUCGUCGUUUCCCUGGGGAGAAUUUCCCAUCAAGAGCUCCUCGAAGCCAAUUAGACUUUGCAGUCGUUUGCCAGCGUGUUAGUUAUGGGGUCUCGUCUGAUUCCCCGCAUACUUGAAGCUGGAAACCGAGGCUUAAUCCACUUGUUGUUGGUCCCAUUUGGAACAAACCGCGCGGUUCGCUAACUAUUCAUUGCCUGAAAUGCCAAGUUAAGUUUUUAAUUCUUCCUGCUGUCUCUCGGCAGGCUGCGCUCAGUUCUGAGCAGUGUCCAGGUUCGCGCCUUCCACCAGCGGGCGGCCGUGGUGGCUUGUGGAAGGAGUCGGUGGGCGCUGGCUGGCAAUUAAAUCCCUACUUAUUCUCGGGAGCUGGUCCACUGGGGCAGCCCAGCGGCCCAGCUGGUAGAGCCUCACAGCAGGUUCGAUGUGUGGAGUUUGCACGUUCUCCCUGCGACCCCGUGGGUUUCCUCCGGGUACCCAGGUCUCCCACCUCAUCCCCAAAGACGCGUGCAUUUGCAGGUUAUUAGGCUUCCUCUGUACCGUAUUGUGACAAUUGCCCCCUUGUGUGUAGGGAAGUUGAUGAGAAUGGGGAUAAUGUGGAAACUUGCGUGAAUGGGUGACCGAGGGUCGGCAGGCCGAAGAGCCAGUUUCCUUGCCGCAUCUUGGGAACGCGAUGCAAUGAUAAUCCCAGCCACUCCUGGUGGCUUUUGCCCCCUGAAUCCCUCUGGUUGUGCGUCUCAGUAUGAGGGUUACAUUUCCCAGCACAUCUCACUCUCGAUGGCAGGAAGGCACUCACGGAGAGCAGUCUGAGGAUCUGGGGCCUUGCUGAAUUCCAAACUCUCCACUCAAGCCUCGGCUUAAAUCCAGGUAAAUCCAGCUCAGGUAACGCAGUCGGAGUAGACGAACUAAGCCGAAAAUGCAUCACUUCACAUAUGUCCGAGUUGAGCUCCAUCUGCCACUCCUUUGCCCACUUUCCCAGUUAGACCUAAAUCCUGUUAUAACUUUAAGCAAGUAGACACGAGGAACUGCAGAAGCUGGAGGCUUGCAUGAAACAAAAAGGUACUGGAGUAACUCAGUGGGUCUGGUUUUAGGUGGUUUGCAUUUUAAUUGGGCAUUGUUGGAAGAGCUGCCACAGUAGUCACACAGACCGGGGUUAUCUGGUGCCAGGCGGAACGAGCAUAUUGUUCCUGUACUGUGCUGAGCAGUUUGCCAAUGCCACUGCUCAGUACGGCACAUGGACUUUGCUGAAACAAAAGACACAGAGUGCUGGAGUAACUCAGCGGGUCAGGCAGCAUCUGUGGAGAACAUGGAUAGGUGACGUUUCACAGAGUGCUGGAGUAACUCAGCGGGUCAGGCAGCAUCUCUGGAGAAAAGGAAUAGGUGACGUUUUGGAUUGGGACCUUUCUUCAGACACCCUUCUUGAGUUGGAAAAAGGGUCCUGACCCGAAACAUCACCCAUCCUGCCUGACCCGCUGAGUUACUCCAGCACAUUGGGUCUAUCUUCGGUAUGAAGCAGCAUCUGCAGUUCCAUUCCACACGUCACCUGUCCCUAUCCAUGUUCUCCAGCAAUGCUGCUUGACCAGCAGAGUUACUCCAGCGCUUUAUGUCCCUUUUUCUAAACCAGCAUCUGCAGUUCCUAGUGUUGACUCAGCUGUUUGUCCUUUCCCUGGCACAGGUUCAGGCUGCGCUGUGCGCUCUGAUGGAAGAGAGCGGCCUGCAUCUUACUGUAGACAGACAACCCUUCCCAAUAUCUCCCAACACCACGCUCAGCUGGGAUUUCCUCCCGCUUUCCGAGAUAGAAGGAGAAAGGACUCCAUUCAGUCCUUAACUCCUCUUCUGGCAUUGACUGGGGGGGGGGUGGGGGGGGGUGUGAUCUAUCACUUAACUCAAUGUGCCGUCUGCAUUAUGUCCAUAAACCCUUGAACAUAGAGGUGAAGUGAAGUAUCAGUUGGUGCACCCUCUGGUAUACAUUGACCCUUGUUGGGCCAGACGUGGACAUUAGAGCACAAAAGCCCUCCCUGAGUAACCAGUUGGAUUUGAAGAGCAACCCUCUCGGGUGGACUGGUGUCUACCCGUUCUUCACGUAUUUUCCUUGAGUGCAUAGGCCUGGGAAAAUGCCAGGGGGUGGAGGGGGGGGGAGGGGAAGGUGGGGGGCGUUCUCUGGUCUCUGUGGUUACUGGUCUCUGUUGCAGGUUUGGAUGUUGGGUGGCAAACAUGCCCCUUCAUUAACACUUGAAGAACAAGCAGCCUCCUUGGGCAUGUUGGUGUCACUACUUAAUAUCCAGGCAUUCUGCUGAAGGUAGACCGGAGUAACUCAGCGGGACAGGCAGCAUCUCUGGAGACAAGUAACGGGUGACGUUUCGGGUCGAGACCCUUCUUGUUUCUUCCUCCUGUCGGGUGGCUUGAGUUUGGCUUGUGUAGACGGAAGCUCUGAAAGCAAUAGCGUUUGACUUUAAACGCGCUGAUUUCUCUUUAGACUUUUGUGUGCCCCUUGUAAAGGUGAUAGUUGACCGUCACAUGCACUGCACAGGUGGUAUCUCAUCUCUAAACCGCGGGAUGUGUCAUUAGUCAGCUUGUACUUCCAGAAACGCUGAUCUUUAUUCAACCCCUGCACCUUCUCCCCUCUUUCUCAAACUUCCCGUCACUCUGGUGGCACGGUGGCACAGCAGUAGAGUUGCCACCUUACAGCACCAGAGACCCGGGUUCCAUCCCGACUACGGGUGCUCCCUGUACGGAGUUGGUACCUUCUCCCCGUAACCCGCGUGGGUUUUCUCUGGGAUCUUCGGCCUCCACCCACACACAGGUUUUGUGGGUUAAUUGGCUUGGUAUAAAUGCAAAUUGCCCCUCACAUGUGUAGGAUAGUACCAGUGUACUGGUUAGUGCGGACUCGGUGGGCCGAAGGGCCUGUUUCCGUGCUGUAUCUAAACUAAAGACAACCAGCGAUGAUGAAAACUCCAACCCCAAGUGCGUGUUCAGAGCAGAAUCUAUUCCAGGUGAAGCCUUUGAUUCAAGAGAGAAAGGUAAAAACAUUAUUAACACUAAUUUAAGCGCUACCUCCCUCCCAAGCAAAUCAUUGUUGCCUGUCUCAAUCCUUAGUCUCUUUUGUACUUGGCUGUGGAAUAGGUUUCUGCAUUUACAGAUCACCGUGGGGUAAUUUGGGGAUGUUAGGUGAGGAGCCCUGGUUCAGGUUCGGUUAAAGGGCAAGUUCCUUAGUCAGAAGAUAGUCAAAAAAAAGGCAGCAUCUCUGGAGAGAAGGAACGGGUGACGUUUCAGUUCGAGACCCUUCUUCAGACUCAAACGUCACCCAUUCCUUCUGCCCAGAGAUGCUGCCUGUCACUCUGAGUUACUCCAGCUUUUUGUGUCUAUCUUUGGUUGAACCCAGCAUCUGCAGUUCCUCCCUACAUAAAUUCCUCAGUCAGCCAGAAAUCAUGGGCUUUAUGAAUUUGUGCCUAUAGAAUUAUUUUUUGUAAUGGUUGUUGUGUAAAAACAAAGCGUAGAUGAACUAUAUAUUCAAACAGCGCGAUUUGAAGGUUGCGUUUUUGCCAAAAACUUUGCGACUCGGUUCAGUGACAUUGAUCAAAUAAAAGGUUGUUUAUGUUUA